UUGGGAUGGAUGGCUACAGUUACGGACUUCGCGACCUUACCGGGGACAAGAUCACGCUUUCAAGACCGCGACCAUAUGGCCAGCCCUUCCGAUCAGGAGAUGUGGUUGGAAUGUACAUCUCGCUCCCGCCUCGAAAGGAACCAAACCCGAAGGAUUCAUACGACCCAGCUCGAAUUGUGCGAAAACGCAUACCGAUUCAGUACAAGGGUCAGGUGUAUUUCGAAUCUGUUGAAUAUCCGCAAAGCAAGGAGAUGCAAGCUCUACUCGAUUACUCUGGCAAGAAGGCAGCGGAGACGGCCAAGAAAAACGUCCCGAAGGGUCCUCCUGGUCAGAAGGUUGCGGCUGGACCAGUUAUGCGCCCAUUGCCUAACUUGCCAGGCUCGGUUAUUGCGUUCUUUGUCAACGGCAAACCGCAGGGUGUGGCCUUCCGGGACAUAUAUGAUUUCCUUCAACUGCGUCUCAGCGAUGCCGCCCGUAGAGCCCAGCAGCAGAGCAAAAGUGGGAUGGCUGCUAUUAUGAAGGAGCGAGAAAAUAACUUCAACGAUGGAUCUCUUGGUUACUACCCAUUCGUCUCCGUCUUCAACGAUGCCCAAGUACGACUGAACCCCGGACCCGACUUCAAGUACCCUCCUCCCCCCGACAUCGACGCGAAACUCGGCUUGCCCCCUUCGUCUCAGUUUGGGGAACCUACCUGGCGGCCAAUGUCCGAACGCUAUCAUGAAUAUAUGUCCGAAGUUUGGGCGCAGGAUGCGAUCGAUGGUGUGGCUCUCAAUGCCGAGGCACAGCGCAUAUUAGAUGAACGGGAGAAGGCUAAAGCAGAAGAGGCUAAGCGGGAGGAGCGCCGGAGGCGAGACCGGGAGAGGGCCGCUCUGAAGAAGAAAGAAAAGGAGAACGCCAAGCUCGGGAUCAAGGACAAAGCAUCCCCUACGCCAGAUUCCCUCCUGCAAUAUUCGCCAUCUCUUCGUGAUUUAUCCCUGCUUCCCAAGCUCGAGACUCAA